AUGUGCGCGGGAUCUCGCAUCUACUAUGUCAACAAGGACAACCAGAACCGCGGCCUGUACGGCUGCGACCCUCCUUGGGGCUACGUUAGAACUGGUUGCAUCACUUACACCGGUUCUUGCUGCCGCAUCUCUCCGCAGUUGAGAAGGAUGGCGAUGAUUGUUCCGUUGAGACCAUCGAGGCAUCUCCCCUUGAGUAGGACAUUCCCAUACACAGCAUGA